CCUCCAGCAGAUCCCCUUCACCGUGCCAGCCUCCCCACACAGCGCCGGUGCCAGGAGUGCUUUGAAGAAAGCCGAGUACCACUCGUUGGAUGACCCAACGGCCAAGUCCGAGCCUGGCUCUCCCACGGGAAAACGGCCGUCUGUUGAGAUACCAGGCGCCUACGCCCUGGGCAGUAUCGAUCCCUCGCUGUAUCGCGUGGCCGACGAGGACGACGACUACGACAUCCCCAGCGAGCACAUCGGGCGUGUCUGGUUCGCCACCGAGUACGAGCGGGAGGCCGAGAAGCUGAUGGUCACCCUGAUCAAGGCCCGGAACUUGCCCAGCAGGACGCAAGGGGUGGACAACGCCUGCGACCCGUUCGUCAGGUUAUUCCUGAUGCCAGACGAGAGGCGGUACCUACAGUCCAAAUUCCGCAGGAAAACUUGUCACCCAAAGUUUGAGGAGACCUACGUCUUUCAGGUGUCCCACAGGGCUCUAGAAGAGCGGGUGCUGAAGCUGACCGUCUAUGAUGUGGACAGACACAAACGUCACCAGGUCAUCGGUCACGCUCUUUACCCCCUGAGGGAGCACGCGAGCGAGAGCAACGUGCGUCUGGUCGUGUGGCGCGACCUGGAGAGGGAGGUCUCGGAGUGUACCACCAGCAAGGGUGAACUUCUCAUCUCUCUCUGCUACAACAAUCAUCUAGAACGCCUUACGAUUGGUCUUUUUGAAACACGUGAUCUUUGUGGCUCUUCACCGAUUGGCCAAACAAUGGAUAUUUACGCCAAGGUCAACUUGAUGGUGCAGAACAAACAGGUCAAGGCCAAGAAAACGGAAAUGAUCAAGAAGACGAGCAGUCCGAAUUUUAACGAGUCUUUUACGUUUAAAGUGUCGGUGACGUCAUUGGACACGGCAUCCAUCACCGUGGGAGUCAUGCAACACGUGAGCGGACACAAAGACAAACAGCUGGGCCGGAUAGUGCUGGGAUCCUUCAUGUUCGCCAGGGGCAAGGAACUCGAGCACUGGAACCAGAUGAUAACCAACCAAAGGGAGCAAAUCCUUCACUGGCACACUCUGUCUUAGCAAUCACGAGUUACCGUUCCUACAAAACCGGAGGAAGGGAAAAAAAAAUUUCACAUGUUUUCAUGAAAUUUUCAAGGCCUUAUGACGUCACGUCACCGCCUACAUUUACAAAUUCAAUUUUUUUUUUUGUUAAAUUUGUUUUGAAUUUUUUUUUGGGAAUAAACUUCACAUUUUUUCCCUACAUGGCAGCAAGCUAGUUAAUUAAUGUUUUUUUUUUAAUUAGACUGGCAGGAUACGCCCCUUAAAAUUCAACAAAUGGAUGUGGAAUGGUAGACGAAAUUUUUUUUUCUGAGAAGGUUUCAUAUGAAAGACAGAACUGUGACCUAUAGAACGGUGUAA